ACACCAGCAACAUCAGCUACAACAACAAAUGCCCCCUCAACCACAUCACCAACACCUUCAACUACAACAACAGUUACAGCCUCAACCACUUCACCAACAACUUCAACUACAACAACAGUUGCCCCCUCAACCACAACACCAGCAACAUCAACUACAACAGUUGCCACCUCAACAACACCAGCAACUUCAACAACAAAAGUUGCACCCUCUACCACAAUACAGGCAACAUCAACUACAACAGUUGUCCCAUCAACAACACCAGCAACUUCAACUACAACAGUUGCCCCCUCAUCCACAACACCAGCAACAUCAACUACAACAGUUGUUCCAUCAACAACACCAGCAACUACAUCAACAACAACAACAGUUGCAACCUCAACCACAACACCGGCAACAUCAACUACAACAGUUGUCCCAUCAACAACACCAACAUCAGCUACCACAACAGCAACAUCAACUACAACAGUUGUCCCAUCAACAACACCAGCAACUUCAACUACAACAGUUGCCACCUCAUCCACAACACCAGCAACAUCAACUACAACAGUUGUUCCAUCAACAACACCAGCAACUACAUCAACAACAACAACAGUGGCCCCCUCAACU